AUCUUUGAAAUCGAUAACAAUUACAACUCGCAGAUUCAAGAUUAUAGACAACAACAACAACAAAUCAACUAUUUACAACAACUUUCACAAACACUGCAACAACAAUCUCCACCACAGUCAGAAGCAGCAGCAUCAAAUGAUGUAGAAAUGACAUCACAUGAAGAUCCUAUCAUGGAACAAGUUGAGGAAACUGACGAUGCAAUGGAGAUCGAUUCUGUAUUCCAUAUGAAAAGAUCAAGGACCAGUUGA